AAAUCAAGUAAGCCCCAACCCUUCUCUCUCUCUCUAAAACCCUUCUCACUGUGCACGAUUCUCUCUCUCUAACGCUUUAGCAGUUGCCAAUUCACAACCCCAAAAACCAAUUUUAUAAAUUUUGACCAGAUUUUUCUUCUGGUUCUAGAGAGAGAAAGGGUCAAAUAUUUCUGCUGUUUUUAGAGAGAGAGGAUUUGAGGUGAGUGGAGUGAUGAAUGUUUAGAGUUUUUCAUGGGAGGGAUGAGAAAAGAGUAAAAACCAUCAGGAAAAGAAAAAUGCGAAAGUCCUUCAAGGAUUCUCUCAAGGCGCUCCAAGCUGACAUCCAGUUCGCCAACACUCUGGCUUCUGGUUAUCCGAGGGAAAAUGACGGGGCCUGCUUCCAAAUGAGAUUAUCCUACAGCCCGGCCGCGCAAUUCUUUUGGUUUCUCAUUCAGUGGACUGAUUGUCACCUUGCUGGAUCCAUGGGAUUGCUUAGAAUUCUAAUAUACAAGGUGUACGAGGAUGGGAAGACCACCAUGUCUAUUCAUGAAAGAAAAGCUAGUCUAAAAGAGUUCUACAGCGUGAUAUUUCCUUCGUUAUUGCAACUUCAGAGGGGAUUGACUGAGGUAGAAGAUAGGAAACAAAACGAAAUCCUUUCCACCAAGUACAAGAGAAAAGACGAGGCGGUCAAAGGAAAGCUCUCCGAAAUUGAUUUAGAGCGAGAAGAAGAAUGUGGUAUUUGCAUGGAGAUGAACAGCAAGGUUGUAUUGCCCAAUUGCAGUCAUUGUAUGUGUAUGAAGUGCUAUCGAAACUGGCGUACACUGUCUCAAUCAUGCCCCUUCUGCCGUGACAGUCUGAAACGAGUCAACUCAUGCGAUCUUUGGAUCUACACCAGCAACAAUGAGAUUGUUGACCUGUCUACAAUCUCUAGGGAGAAUUCAAAGAGACUUUUUAUGUACAUUGAUAAGCUUCCUCUCAUCGCGCCAAAUCCUAAGUUUGUUUCGUAUGAUCUUCGUCGAUAAGGGGUAAUUAACAGGGGCUGGAAUAUCACCUGGGAAAUUCUCAUUACAAUUCUUUCCGUAUCUCCAAUUUAUUUAUAUUGGAAGUGUAAAUAGAGUUGCAUUACUUUGACAAUUUUCUCUUUAAUUUGUAAUUAAUUACGAUACUAACAUGCCAUUUGUGGUAGGUUAGAGGUUCUUUUAUCUUUGUAAGCAAGCAUGAAAGUUGUUUUCUGUUUCGAAAUCUAGAAGCCCAAUUGGGAACAAAC